CCCCUCUGGUGCCCUGGUGACAGGCGGUGGAGGCCUAGGUGUCGGGGUUGCGAGCGGUUGCCUAGGAGACGACGAUACAACAUGGCAGCCGUGUGCUCUCCAGGACAGUGCCCGGGACCCUGAGAGGGAGAGAGGAGGGAGCGAUGCCAGUGCCAGCCCCCGGCUCAGUCAGCUGUGAGAGGCUUUGUGUGGUGCCGGUGACACCAUGAAUAAGUAUAAGACAAUUAAAAAAAUAGGUGAAGGAACCUUUUCGGAAGUUGUCAAGUCCCAAAGUUUAAAAGAUGGAAAUUACUACGCGUGCAAGAAGAUGAAGCAACUUUUCAAAAGCACAGAGCAAGUGAAUAACCUGAGAGAAAUCCAAGCGCUGAGGAGGCUGAGCCCACACCCUAAUAUCCUCACAUUACAUGAAGUGCUUUUUGACAGGAAAUCGGGAUGCCUGGCUCUGAUUUGUGAAUUGAUGGACAUGAAUAUCUAUGAGCUGAUAAGAGAGCGAAGACACCCCUUAUCCGAAAAUAAAAUCCGCAAUUAUAUGUACCAGCUGUGCAAAUCCCUGGAGCACAUUCACAGAAAUGGAAUCUUUCAUCGUGAUGUCAAGCCAGAAAAUAUUUUAAUAAAGCAAGAUGUCUUAAAGCUCGCUGACUUUGGCUCGUGCCGCAGUGUCUUCUCGAAACAGCCGUACACAGAAUACAUAUCAACACGUUGGUAUCGGGCACCAGAAUGCCUCUUGACUGAUGGAUAUUAUACUUAUAAAAUGGACAUUUGGAGUGUCGGUUGUGUCUUCUUUGAGAUCUGCAGCCUCCAUCCCCUCUUUCCUGGCACAAACGAACUGGACCAGAUAUCCAAAAUCCACGAUGUCCUCGGCACGCCGACCUCCGCUGUGCUCAGGAAGUUUAAACAGUCACGAGCAAUGAAUUUUGACUUCCCGUCCAAAAGAGGAGGCGGGGUCAGCCGGCUGCUUCCAGGCGUCUCAUUGGAAAGCGUCUCGCUCAUGUGCGCCAUGCUGGAGUACGACCCGGAGGAGCGGAUCACCGCCGGACAGUCCCUGCAGCACGCUUACUUUGCAGAAUGCAGGACGUUGGAGAAGCGCGUUCUGUCCCGGAAAUUCGGCAUGCCGGAAAAGUCCAACACCGCAGGUUCCAUGAGCUACUUGAUGCGGAUCGCCGGCCAAGGAAGAAGGCAGCAGGCCUUAAAAACCAUGGCGGACCUUCCUUUCCACCAUCAGGGGCCGGCCUACCCAAUGGAGAUGCCAAAAUUUAACCUACCGGCCGUAACGAAGCCAGUCUCCUUCCCGUCCAUGAAGUAUCAAUCGGUGUUCCCGUUCCCCGGAAACGGUGGGAAACUACCCAUAAUUCCCAGCGUCAAGUACAUGGACUCCAAGUUUGAAAACCACCAACACGGGAAGCCGCACGUCAAGCCGUACCACCUACCGACACUGGACAGAAAGGGGGGCGGAGCUCUCUGAU